AUGGAUUCCAUUCAGUUCACUUGCAAUGCGUCUCAGUCUUCGUGUCUCACACCUUCUGAUGACCCUAUUGCGCUACUGGUGAAGGAGUCAGAGAAACAGCAAUUCAGUACUGAAACGAGUUUGGAGAGAUCCCUGGAUCACCGUCGUCAAGCACUUUACCAAGGCCAAACUGGUGACCAGUAUCUCGUCUUUACAUCUAUCCCCGCAGAACAAUAUUUCAGACUGAGUGAUGAUCGGUCGCGAACCAGAAAGUACGUUCGGCUCUUAUACAACUCAGAAACUCGCAUUUUGAUUGCCAAAGUCAUGCCGAACCCUGCACAUGAGUUUACGGUCAGAUCCUUCGACUCCCUGAUCUCCGGCGCGCUACAUGCAAUGGGCGUCGAGAACGACGUGUGGAAUCUCGGCUCAACCACAGUUACGAUUGGGGCUUGGAAAAAAGAGGCCGACUGCUGCUGGGCUACGGCGCCAACAACUGCAAGUCUGAGUCUUGUGGUGGAAGUAGGCCUCUCAGAGUCUGCGUCGCGGCUGGCUCUUGAUGCCCGUAGCUGGCUUGAGACACAAGUUUCCUCCGUGCAACUCGUUAUUACCAUCACCAUCAAACGCAACGCUCCCGAGAUAGUCCUGCAACGAUGGGAACUUGUUCCCCGGCAAUACGGCGCCCGCACACGAUUAUCCCCCCUUUCCGCACGUCCCACUGCGACCCUUAAGUUGUCUCGAGUAAACGAUGCAACAAUGAUUACAGGAGAGUCCGAGCUGAAUGCCAUACUUGCCGCGAUUACCCAUCUGGAGUUAUCUUUCGAAAAAGUGGUUGGCCGUGCUCCUCAUCGGCCCGGGGAGAGAGACUUAGUGAUAUCCGAGCAACAGCUGAGGAAUUUCGCGGAGAGGAUCUGGAGAAUUCAAAGCAUUUUAUAA